UUUUUUUUUUUUUGCCCUUUCCCUCUCUCAACCAAAACAAAUUAGAUUAGAUUAAAAAAAAAAAGGCUGUUUUAAGGGUUUGUCCACACCAACCAAGCAAAACCCCUUUCUAGCCAUGGAUUCUUAUGAAGCGACCAGAAUUGUCUUCUCAAGAAUCCAAAACUUUGAUCCUGAAAACGCCUCCAAAAUCAUGGGCCUUCUUCUAAUCCAAGACCAUGGUGAGAAAGAGAUGAUAAGAUUAGCAUUUGGUCCUGAAGCUCUUGUCCACUCGGUGAUCCUCAAGGCCAGAAAAGAGUUGGGUUUGCCUUUAAACUUAUCUCCUGCAACACCCUCAACGCCUUCUUCUUCUCCUUCAGUACCUUUUCUCACAAGCAACCCCAUAGCCAUUUCUCGCCAAAACUCCUCUUCCUCUUCUUCCACUUGUCGUCUCUCUCUCACUAUCCCAAACUCCUCUUGGUCGGCCACUACUGUUUUCUCUGACCUCCAAACACCAGAAGAUCACUUGAAUAACUUGCCAACUUCUUCUUCUUCAUCAUCUUCAUCAUCUUCUUCAACGGCAUCUAUGAGCAACGCUUCGCUACCCUUUUACCAAAACGGAUCAGGGAAUGAUAUCAUGGACGAUUUUCAGCUCCAAGACCAGCUUUCCUUCCUCAACGAAGCCGGCUCUUUGAGCCCCACAAACGACCAAGCUUCUUCUGCUUCAUGUUUCACUUCUUACAAUUGGCCUUCUUCUUCUUCUCCGGUCCACAGAAGAAGCUGCUCAGUGAGUGACAUGUGUUUGGGUGGUGGCUCGGAAGAUCCCAACUCGGGGUUUGGAUGGAAGCCUUGUCUUUACUUUGCUAGAGGUUUUUGCAAGAAUGGAAACAGUUGCAGGUUCUUGCAUGGUGGCGAGCAGGCUGAUCAGAUGGUUGUGGGGUCCCCAAACGGCGGCAACAAGAUUGAGAAUAUGAUGGAACAGUGUCACCAUCAUCAUCAUCAUGAGCUUCUCAGAUCAAAGUCUGCUUCUUCUCACCACCAAAGACUGGUUUCUGCUUCUCAUCAGCAGCUCAUGGCUAGUAAUUCUUUCCCUUACUCACCAAAGUGUGUCAACUUUCUUCUUCAGCACCAACAAAAUGAAUCCCAAAGGGCUGCAGCAGCAGCUUUGAUGAUGGGUGAGGAUUUGCAUAAGUUUGGAAGAAGCCGUUUGGAGAGGCAUGAGUUUGCAAUGAAUGGUGUGAACCCGGCUUCAAGGCAGAUCUACUUGACUUUCCCAGCUGAUAGUACUUUCAGAGAAGAAGAUGUCUCCAGCUAUUUCAGCAUUUAUGGACCAGUUCAAGACGUGAGAAUCCCAUACCAGCAAAAGAGAAUGUUUGGUUUUGUGACUUUUGUUUACCCGGAGACAGUGAAGCUUAUCUUGGCCAAAGGGAACCCUCAUUUUGUUUGUGAUGCUAGAGUGCUUGUUAAGCCUUACAAGGAGAAGGGCAAAGUCCAGGACAAGUACAGGAAGCAACAGCAGCCACAGGUGGAAAGAGGAGAUUUCUCUCCUUGUGGAACACCUACUGGCCUGGAUUCGAGAGACCCUUUUGAUCUCCAACUAGGAGCAAGGAUGUUUUACAACUCUCAGGACAUGAUGUGGAGAAGGAAGUUAGAGGAGCAAGCUGAGUUGCAACAAGCGCUUGAGCUUCAAAGCCGAAGGCUAAUGGGCCUUCAGCUUCUUGAUGUCAAGAAGCACCACCACCGCGCUCUUUCGACGAGCAGUCCUAUUCAAUCCCCUACUCAGUCUCACAACUUGUUCACUCAAAGCCUUGUCCUGUCUUCAAUCCAGAACGGCUCAGAACUCCCACUCGAAAACUGCUCCACACCAACCCCUAAUCUCGUAGAUCACCAGCUGCAACCGCCACCGGUGGCUGCGGCUAAAGACUCGAUGGUGGCCGCAAACAUUGAUGAAAACGGCAAUGACAAGGAGAGCCCGCGCGAUGAAGUUGGCGAUUUGCUGGAAAGUUUGGAGCACAAUCUCCCAGAUAGUCCCUUUGCAUCUCCAACCAAAGCUGGAGGAGGAGAUUACCAUCACAUGGCUGCUUUCUCUGGUCAUGUGGUGGCUAAUGAAGCCAACAAUAUUCAUGACUCAGAUCCUUCCUCAGCUGCAACUAAUACAACUUCCCCUAACAUGAAUUUGUCCACUUCACUACUUCCAUCAUCAGCUUCCACCACAUUGGACAUGGGAUCUUUCAAGUCUUUCAAUUGCCAAAUGCCAAGGUUCUCCUCUGGCCACGGAGCCAUUGCCAUGUAUGCCAGCACCGCCGGUGGUCCCAAGUGCCCGGUUGGAAUUUAGCUUCCUAAGCUUACAAGGAAGAUUGGUAAGAAUAAUAACCAAAAACAAAACAAAAUUGGUAGAGAAUCACUAGCUCCACCGUCCAUCAUGAUCACCACCACCAUCAUCAUCAUCAUCAUCAUCAUCAUCAUCAAUAACCAUACUACUUACUACCAUACAAAUUGCAAUACGUGAAGAAAGGAAAGUGAAAGGAAAGUGGGGUCAGCCAGCCAUUUCCUUUUUCUUUGUUGUUGUUUAUUGUUAUUGUUGUACUAUUUUCAUCAUCUCCCAAUUUCUUAUGUAGCUUUGAAGUUGAACCACAGGUUAAAAAAAAAAAAAGAAAGAGAAAAGAGAAGAAGAAGAGACACAGAAAGAAUUUUACACUUAAAAAAAAAUUUAAUAUGUUUAGUUUGUAACUCCUAUCAUCACCAAUGUAAUUUUCAAUCCCCUAGUA